AAUGCAGUGGAGUUUAAUACAGAUAUUUCAUAUUCUCCCCACAAAUUUUUAUUUGUACAGCACCAUAAAACACUAGCUCAUUUGGAAAACCAUGAGUAACCUACUCUAAGGUGAGCCACUGGUCAUAAUGCCACUGUCUUGUAUCAGUGAACACCUACAAGAUGUAAACUGUUCGUAGUGUCCAAGCUUGCAUUUUCACUGAUAAAUAGUUUUCUUAUCAAAUGUUAUUUGAAACAGUUUUUAUGGCAUAUCAAACACUGCAUGGACACCAAUUUCUUUAUGCUUAAUUUCGCUGAAAUACAUGAGGCUUGCUCGCAUCUAUUUUUGGUACUUUCCUCCAGAUGGUCUUGUGGAACACUUGUGCAGCUGCACGCCAUGUCUCGUACAGCUGCUGUCACUCAGUGCAUCCCCACCACAUUUUAAAAUUCCCGAAGUUGCACUUGGAUGCUGGAUGACAAGAACAUGAAUCUGGCUUUGUGCUAGUCCUUUUGGUAGCACCGAAGCACAGCAAGCCCUGUUCUGUGGGAAAAGUAGCUUCUGAAGUAACGUUCUCACUUUGGAGACUCUUGAAAGGGUAUCUCAGGGAGGUAUCCUGCUUUGUUCUUGUGGGAGGUUCUUUCCAACAGAUGUGAACAUCUAUGGAGAUGUCGUCAGCAGGGACUGCCAGUCCACCCUCCAAGUCAGAAGGGAGGUGCAGCUGUGGUGGUGGCAGCAGAGACUGAGAAAACCCUUCAGAAUUACUGAAAAUAUGUUAUGCGUGCAAAGGAAAAGCAAAAUCAGAGUGAAAGCAUUCUUUUAUUUCAAGAAUAACUGAGCUUCUGCAUGACAUCUGGGACUCUCUUAAGUAACAUAGCUUUUCUUACACUACUUCUGGCUGGUAUGAAGUAGCAAAGAAAAAUCCAAACAUGUCACCCUCUUUCUACACAUAUAUUUAUCAGUCUUUGCUAAGAUUGCAUGUCACAGAUCCUAAUGCACAUCUUUUUUCAGAACAUGAAUGAGCAGUAGGCAAACUGACUUUUCAUCAGGUCACUCCAGCAUGGCUCAUGUUUCAUAUGAUCCAUUCACUGAGUAGCUAAAACUCUGGCACUCGAAGCAAAAUGUUGGAAGGACUACAGAAUUUUCAUUUUACAAUACUGUGUUAUCUGUGGUCUAAAAAAGAGAUUUCCCAGGUGGAAACUGUAUCUACAAGUUUUGAACCAGAUACUCUUUGGAAUGAAAAGUUUAAAUACUUGGCACAAAGUAAGUUUAUACUAGUUUGCCUUUUAAGUUAUGCUUUUGUACAAAACUAAAACAAUAAAUGCAUCUUGUCAAUUUUUAUUUAAAUAUAUCUACUGCAGCCAUUUGUUCUGUAUUUAUGCAUGUAAAAAUAAUUUAAAUCAGCCAUGAUGAUCUGUUAUUAUGUAAAGAUGUGACAGGGUCACCAGUGGGGCAGCUGUCAGUUAGAAAAUAGAUAAAUUUAAAGAAAUCCAGAAUCUUUGUAGCGUUAAACCCAAGAGAGACUAAGGAGAAGCUGCUGCUUCCUCCUUUGCUGCCAGCAUCACCUGGGGGACUCUAGAAAAAUGCUGUUUGAAAAUUGAGGUGUUAGUUGCCUGGAUACAGCUACCUGUGGUGCCUCGAACCCUUGGCUGGCUCUUUGUGAUGUUAUAAGCGAUGCUGCUGCCCUGAAGAGAUUAGCAAGGAGGGAGUAUUGGAAAGGAAGCCUGAGCUUUGUCAAACACCCACAUCUCCUGGCAACUGCUUGAAAUAUUCUCCCUUUGGUGUUGGAAGCCAUUCCCGUUACAUGUGUCCCAAGUGAAAGCCAACUGCAACAGGUGACCAUGAUGCUUUCGUUAUGACAUGCUGUGUGGCAGGGACAAGAGUCCAGAUAGAGAAAGACUUGAGAAGCCUAUCUGAAAGGUCUGCGUCUCCUCAGAGCCUUCCAGAUGGUGUAAAGGAGAUUUUCACUUAGGUAGAAAAAAAGCCAGUCAACCUGAAGUAGACUCUUUAGCUAGAGUGAUGACAGCUCGUCCUAACUUAACCUGCAGCAUCUCCAUCAGGCAGAGUCUGGUGGGGGAGGUCCCCACAAGAAUUUAGGUGAGGUGCCCAUGUUUCCUGCUCUGCUGGGAGGUGGAGCCACUCAUCAUGAGCCAAAAGGCAGCUUGCAGGUCAGUGCAUCUCUCCCGGCCAGGCUUGCAGCUGAGUGGCCUCUGUCCCCAGCACUGCAAGGUCAGGUCCACCUCUUUCCAGGUCCCAAAAUCCCAGCCUAGCAGAGGUGCACUUUGCUCACCUGGUGCUGCUAGCAGUCAGUUUAACCAUUACACUCCUAAAUACACCAGAAAAGCUUGUAAUCAGUGGAAUUGCUCAGUGUGGCACCUACUGUAACAAGCAGUCACCGUUCAAGGUUCCAAGCCAGAUAAGGACAGCGGUGCUUUCUCCCACAGCAGGCAGGAGAGCAGGAGACAGCCAUCUGCCACCUCUGUCACACCGUCAGCAGCACCUGGCAGGCAGGUGACUGGUAGAUGGGAGAGACCUGUUCUUGAAAAUGUCAAGAAGAAAGUUGGAGAAUAAAAGCCUUUCUGGCUUGUUAGACACACCUCUGCACACAGCAAUCAAGACAGAGAAUUUCCACAAUUUUUAUACUCUCGAAUCAAAACAGCUAGGAAGAGGAAGAUCUGCUGUGGUUAGAAAAUGCAUAGCUAAAUCCACAGGCCAAGAGUAUGCAGCUAAAUUUUUAAAGAAGAGAAGAAGAGGUCAAGACUGCAAAGCAGAAAUUCAUCAUGAAAUUGCUGUACUUGAAUUAAUGAAAUCUAAUCCUCGCAUAGUUAAUCUUCAUGAAGUCUAUGAAACAGCAAAUGAAAUCAUCUUAGUGUUGGAAUAUGCUGCUGGAGGAGAAAUGUUUGACUUGUGUGUCCCAGAUCUGGAUUACAGAAUUGGUGAAAGGGAUAUUGUAAGACUUAUAAGACAAAUACUUGAAGGACUUUGCUGCUUGCAUGAAAACAAUAUUGUUCAUCUUGAUUUAAAGCCUCAGAAUAUUUUGCUGAGCAGUGUCAAUCCUCUCGGUGAUGUAAAAAUUGUAGAUUUUGGUAUUUCCCGGAAGCUUGAGAAUUCGGGUGAACUGCGGCACAUCAUGGGAACAACAGAGUAUCUGGCUCCAGAAAUCCUAAACUAUGAUCCUAUUACCACAGCUACAGACAUGUGGAACAUUGGUGUCAUUUCAUACAUGCUGCUGACACAAGAAUCUCCAUUCGUGGGAGCUGAUAUUCAAGAAACUUACCUUAAUAUAUCUCAAGUUAACGUGGAUUAUUCAGAAGAAACGUUUGCAUCAGUUUCACAGCCUGCCAAAGACUUCAUUCAAAAACUUCUCAUAAAAAAUCCAGAGGAAAGACCCACAGCAGCGGACUGCCUUUCUCAUUUGUGGUUGCAGCAAGGGGAGUUCGCGCUCUUGUGUGGCCCUGAAGAAACCUGUUGCUCUUCUCAGAUGUCAGGACACACAACAAAAUGCUCAGAAGAGCGGAAUGUAAAAUCCAGUUGUAAUGGUACCUGUAGCGACAAGGAAGACAAAGAAAACAUUCCAGAGGACAGCAGCACAGUCUCCAAACGAUUCCGUUUUGAUGAUUCAUUGCAGUAUCCCCAAGACUUCACGACAGACUUCUUAUGUUAAUGUGUAAUGCAGACUUUUAUAAAAUGAAUUCAGCAUAAUCUGUUCCAGUGGUGAAAAUAAGAUUAUGGCUUGCCAAUUCAUGUAGCAUUGGCGUACUGGAAAUGCACUUUGAUUCUUUUAUGCUGAUGCCUCCUUUUCUAUCCAUUGCUGGCAGUGGAUUUAACUCCUGAGAAAUUGGAGUUGUUGUGCCAAUAAAAUGAAUUAUUUUUUUAAAGAAGAUAUGAAUAAAUAUUUUUGCACUUUUCGAGUUCUAGUCAAAAAAUGACGCUAGAGUGAACUAACUGAAACCUGAAAAUGAGUUUGUUUAAACUCAACCUUUGCCAAAAUGUGGUUGAAUACAUGCAUGCUUUUAUGACUUGCCUUAAUAAGAAAUUGGUCUCAGCAGGGAAACUGAAUCUAGCUGUCUUACUGAACUUACUUGUGACCCUUCUCAUCACUUUAAGUAGAGGCUAAAGUUGGUAUGUUUUGGGACUGAUAAAUCUGUUGGGGUUGCUUGGAAAACUGUUUUCCCUCUGGGACAACUAGUAGUUAUGGAAGUGUUUCUGCCUUAUAGAUCUGGUCCUCUUAGGGAUUGUAAUGCACACUGUGGUUUUGCUGUGUUGGAUCUCUGCAGCUCUUGAAUAGAAAAUGGGUAGACUGUCAGUCCUUGUGCCAGUAGUCCUUGGCUUCUUACCAGUAAAUUGUUUGAAGAUGAGCUUCCUAUGCUGAUGUGAAUAUUUGAUGAACUUAUUAGUUUGCUGUUAUAAAACCUCUAAAAUAUUAUCAUCUACCUGUAUUGACCUUUUCCUUUUCUUAAAAAAAACCCCAAAACAACCAAAACACCUCCCUCCAAAAGAAAAACGGAAAAUACACAAAGGAACCCCAAAACAGAAAGCCUCCUUAUAGUUAAAAGUAGUAACUGAAUAAACUGAAAAUAGCCAUUUUUGCCAGUGAAGCUGGAAUUAACAACUUUUCUUUAUGUCCCUCUAAUGUAGAAGUGCAGUGCAUCUUUGUCAAUUAUUGUUACCCCUAAUGACUCAGCUUCAUACCUGCUCUGAGAAAUGGACUGCAGUGUGUUAGUAUUUAAAGACAAACUACCUGAUAAUUGUUUUAAGGCUUUUAAUUUGGUUUGCUCAGUGGUAUUUUUUUUAAGUUAUGUCCCUUCCACUUCCUAUUUCUAGGCUCUUAGGAAAUAAUGCCUAUGUAAUGAGUCUUGACUUAGAGCAAUUGCCAGUGGUGUCUUAAACAGCCUGAAACUAAUACUGACAAAAUAAAUGCCUAAUAGUAACAGAGGCUGGAAGUCUUUUUGUGCAGGGAAUGUAUUAAAACUCUUACAGAUAUUUUGAAAGUAAAUGUCUCUUUAAAAUAUUUUUGGGAUUUUCCACUCCUCAGAGCUUAAAUUUAAUUGUCUUUGAUUUGGAUUUGUUUUGUAUAAUAAAAUACCACAAUCUGAUAAUA